GUGCUAUCAGUGGAAGAUGGCGACCAGAGUCCUUCACAGCUCCUGCUCCGGCCUGUAUCGGGCUGCAGGACCGGCCCGGGGCAAAGGACACGCGACUGCCGUUAUCAGGCACAAUGUCAAGCCCGAGUGUCUGGAGGCCUACAACAAGCUCUGUGAGGACGUGCUGACCAACAUCCACACCGACAAGGCUUACCCGUGUGAGCUGGUGGGCACCUGGAACACCUGGUAUGGGGAGCAGGAUCAGGCCGUGCACUUGUGGAGGUACAGAGGAGGAUAUCCAGCCCUCACUGAAGUCAUGAGUAAACUCAAGAACAACAAGGUGAUACAGCACUACUACCCCGGCACCAUGAUCGAAUGGGGAAACUACUGGGCGAGAGCGAUCGGUUACCGGCAGCACAACCGUGAGGCCGUCGGUGGAUUCUUCUCUCAGAUCGGCGACCUCUACAUGGUCCAUCAUCUGUGGGCGUAUAAGGACCUGCAGUCCAGAGAGGACACAAGGAACGCCGCCUGGCAGCACGAGGGCUGGGAUGAAGUCGUCUAUUACACUGUGCCGCUGAUUCAGCACAUGGAGUCCAGGAUCAUGAUCCCACUGAAGAACUCUCCACUGAAGUAACACACACACACACACAGCGCUGCUGCGUCCCCGUCAGAUGAAGACAGACAGCAGACCCUCCACUGCCGAGAUCAUUCGGAUCAACACACACACACACACACACACAUACACACACGCACAGCUGACGCUGCAGACAGGACAAACACAGCCACUCAUCAGUCAAAUAAAGUUCAGCUGCACGGUUUAGAGGAGGAGAACAUGACGGAGCGCUCUCGAACACCGCCGGCAGCCGUCAGUCUGUAUUUAUUGCAUAUUUAUUAGCUGUACAUGUACACCACACAGAUCUGAGGUCAGAUGAGCCGCGCUGCAGACGUCUGCUUUACAGUUACUGCAUUGGAUUUCUCUUGUGUUCUACAUAGAUGUGUGUUUGAUAUGAUUCUGCUCUGAUUAUUGAUGAUGUUUUCUGUAUGUGUGUGUGUGAGACGGCCGCAUGCACACACACUCUACAUUACGCCGCUCAUCUGUUAAUCAAUAAACAACAUCUCCAUAUUAAAA